CUUUACAUCAUCCAAACUAAAUAUAAUUCAAGAUCGAUUGUUUAAUUUAUUUAUUUUACUAAUUUUCCUGGUUUUAUUUACUCUCAUUCUUGUUUUUCUUUUACAAACACUGUUUCUAUAAUUCGUCUGUUCUGUUUUCUCCCCAACUUUAUUAUUAUUUUUUCUAAUUGUUUAUCCUCACUCUUGUUUGUACACGCUCUACUUUUUAUUUACUCAAUUAAUUUUCUUCCAUUCAUUUUUUAAAAAGAAACUCUAUUUUAGAUUAUUUCUAAUUUAGAUUAUUUUUAUGCACGCUGUAUUUAUGCCCAUUGUUUUUUUCUUUAACAAACUCUAUUUUCUAUAUAUGUUGUCUAUGUUCUAUAUUAUCUCAAACUCUGUUUUUAUUUCUUAUUUAGUUUUUAGAUUACAGACAGAAAUGUAAUAAUAACAAUAAUAAUCGAUUUUUAUAUAACUAUAUUUGUUUUUAUUUGAUUUUACUUUUUUAUUUUACUUAACCGUCUAGCUUGGAACAUUAUUAUUAUUAUUAUUAUUAUUAUUAUUAUCAAUUAAUGUAUAAUUGUAAUGUAGAUAAUAUAUUAUCAAUUGUAAUAAUGCUAAUAAUAAACUUUAUUAUCGUUCUUGAUGUUGUUGGAGGAUGUAAGGAUACAAUCUGGCAACCCUGACAAGACUUAGCGCAUGCGUGGUGCGCGAGAGGCGGGUCUGGAGUUUGCCGCGCGGAUUCGAAGCGAAAAUGGAGUUGAUGCGCGCGAUACAGCUGUUGAAGUUAAACGCUGUAUCCACCGCUUGGGUGGACGCGGUGUGGGAGUGUGAGUUCACGGACGCCGAGCCCCUCGACCCCGCCGUCGAAGAGGAAAUAAAAGAAGACGUUAACGCGUUUAAGAAAGUGUACGAGCAGUUACUGCCGUUCUCCACCGCAGACGCCGACGACAACACUCAGAGCGUGUGGAAGGUGUUGGGAGAAAACGGCGUGUCGGUGAAGUCUCUGGUGGCCGUGCUGGCGUGCUUCGUCCUCGGCGCCAAAACCAAAUCGUCCAGCGUGGAGCAGAGACGCCACAGUCUGCAGGCUGCGUCGCUCUACCUGCUGCUGCUCACCGUCCCGGGCAGUGUUGCCAACAAAGUGUUCCAUCAGAUCCUGUUCGACACGUGCCUGGACGUGGUGCUGAAAUGCUGGCCGCAGAGCUCGGGGAAGAAACGCAAGAAAGGCACGCUGAAGAGCUCGCAGGGUGAAGCCAAGAGCGGGAAACGGCCCAAACCCCCGAAGAAAGUCUCGCAGGAGAUGGAGAUUGAUGAGGAGGAGGAGGAGGAAGACGAUGACGAGGAGGAGGAGGUGUAUUUCUCAGCCCAGGAUCUGUUGGGAAUGCGUGAGGACGUGGCCGGACUCGUGCGAACGCUGCUCAAGCUGCUGGAGAAGUUUUCGCUCCGGGACAAACCGCAGAGCGCCGAUAGCUGCAUGCGGUUGUUCACCGAACUCACCAACUUCGAGCCGGUCGUCGGAGAGCUGUCCUUCGCUCAGAAACGCGACGUGGACAAACUGCAGAGCCUCCCCGAGCUCGCCUAUCACGGCCUCUGGCUGCUCUGCUCCUCCAAUCACGGUGAAGGAAAUGAGUGUCGCCGGCGUGUCUUCCACCGCCUGCUGUACGUCAUCCUGAUGAUGAGGAAGGAGAGAGCGAAGCCGUGUCUGCUCGCCCCAUCACAGGCCGUCUGCAACGCCAGAGACCAGGCCGUCCGCUUCAUCGGCCAUAUUGUGGACGAGCACAAGGAGGACACAUUGCCGCUGCUUAGGAUCCUCGUACAGCACAUCUGUCACCAGAUGGUGGAGAAGGCAGAAUACCGCGCUAGCGGAGCUCAAGCUGUCGGGAAGCUGGUGACUAAGAUGCCGUGUGAACAUUAUGCCACUUUUGUCAAGUGGCUUUAUAACUAUUCUCUAAAUACCAGGGUGGCGUUCCGCAUGUUUGCUCUGGACGUGGCCAUGGUGCUGCUGGCGCAGGAGGAACGGGAGGCAGACGAGGCGCUGGAACCUGAUCUGGCCGUGUACCUCUCGCACCGUUUCCUGGUGCGCAGCGUGGUGUACGGCCGCCGCUCCGACGUCUCGCCCACGGUCCGAGCGCACUCCAUGCACUGCCUCGCCCAGUGCUUAGAGCUGCCCUGCCACAACACCCCCAAGUGGAUUCACGAGCUCUUCUCUUCCUCCUCCACGACUGGUUCACAGACCAUGAUGGAGACCGGACGCUCUGAGCAGACUCUAAAGAGAUCAGAGAUGGCUCAAAAAACGGCCUUGACCUUCCGUACCAUCGAGCUGACCAAGCACAAGAGCCUGGAAGCUGCCGGACACCGCAGCACCGACGAUGGCAUGAGCCACGACGCUACCGCCAUCGAGUAUCAGGAAACCUUGGCUCUGUUUAAACAGCGUGUGAGUGACCCCAAGACCAACGUCAGGAAAUGCGCCCUCGAGACUAUAAUGAGCCUGCUGAAGCACAGCGUGAUCACGUGUAGUCCGGAGAAUCUGGCCGUUCUCUCCGAGUGCUGUCGGGACCCGGCCGUGUCCGUGAAGAAGAAAGCCAUGCAGUGUCUUAUGGAUCUCCUCACUGCACUACCUGACAGCGCAGAGGUGCAGGAGGCGUGGCUGAGGGGCGUGGUCCCUGCAGUGAUGGACUCUGAGAGCUCUGUACAGGAGAAAGCUCUUGAGUGCCUCAACGACAAAAUUGUCACUUGCAUCAGAUGUCACAGCAGCUAUCGCCAUGACGACGUCUCCCAGAGAGUGGCCUGGGACCUGCUGAGACUGAUGUGUGAUAAGUGUCAGGACCUCAGGCGAUAUUUCAGUAAGGCGUUCAGUGUGUGGUCGAGGCAGGAGAAGUUUUCUGCCACGCUGGUGAAAAGUCUGAUCUGGCACACGGAGCGUGAGCAGGCGGCGGCCGCGUGGCUCCUGCUGGCCAAAGUGGCCGGCUGCUGCACUAAGCUCAACUUGGGCACUGUUCUGGAGGCCUGGAAUCGCACAGUCGGGUCCCCCGUAAUCGACGUGGCUACAACCUGCCACAUUCUGACUGUCCUUGGUCACACUGCGGCGAGUCUCAAUGAUGAUACCAAAAGCAGGAUCGUUGAUGAUCUGAUUGCAUGGCUGAAGGGCUUCAGUCUACCCCUGGAGGUGAUCAGCGCCAGCGUGGACACUCUGUUCAGUCUCGGCCAAUCCGACAACGUCAAGGACACCAUGAGCUUCCUGAACCAGUUCUGUGGAGAGCUGGUCUCUGUAUGUGAGGAGUACCUCUCCACCGUCCUUUUAAACGAGGGCGGAGCAGAGAAUCUAAAUGAGGAUCUGCUGGUGAAGCACUUAUACACUCUGGGCAUGGUCUCUCUACACUGCCCUGCCAAAGUGCAGAAGAGAGUCUUCCUCCUCGUUCAGUCCAUUCUAACCACAUCUGAGCAUCCUGUGGUUGGAGAGGGUGCGGAGUUGCCAGUCAGUCAACCUCUCUCUCAAUUCAAGCCUUCCUCGAUGCCGACAGUGGUACGAGCUCAUGCAGUCCUCACGCUAGGGAAGCUUUGCCUGCAGCACGAGGAGCUGAUGGUGCGCUACAUUCCUGCGUUUGCGCGCGAGCUGGAGGUGGGCACGGAGUUAGCUGUGCGCAGUAACGUGGUGGUGGUCCUGUGCGAUCUGUGCGUGCGCUACCCGAACACGCUGACCCGGUACAUCAACAACAUCUCAGCCUGCCUCAGAGACACCGAGCCGCUCAUCAGAGAGCAGAGCCUCAUCAUGCUCACCAACCUGCUGCAGGAGGAGUUUGUCAAAUGGAGAGGUUCUCUGUUCUUCCGAUUCGCUGCCGUCCUGGUGGACCCAGAUCCCUCCAUUGCAGAUCUCUGUGAGUACUGCCUGGUGGACCUGCUGCUGAAGAAGAACCCGCUAAUGUUCUCUCAGCACUUCAUCGAGUGCAUCUUCCACUUCAACGCCUACGAGAAGCACAAGAAAUACAACAGAUUCUCACAGACACAGAGUGAGAAGAGCAGGUUUUCUAUGAAGGGGCAGAUGAACCUGGGCAAACGUUUCAGGAUCUACAGAUUCCUCCUGAAACACUUCACAGAUGAGCAGCGCUUUAAUAUUACGACCAGAAUCAGCCAGGACGUACUGGCGUGUUUCGUGGACUCGGAGCUGCCUUUAGAUUCGGAGGGCGCUGAGCUGCUGGCUGACGUGUUCGAUGUUCUUUCACUGAAGGAGAUCAAGCUGACUGCCAUGAGCGGCCCUUCAUCCAGCGACGAUGCUCCGGAGGACGAGAUGGCUGCCGCUAAAGCCGUGCUGCAGAAAAAGCUCAUCUCUCAGGUGCAGAAAAAGAACUUUGUGGAGAACGUAAUCCCCAUGGUCAUCGCCCUGAAGAACAUGCUCGAGGAGAAGCGCUUGCCCGUGCUCAAACACCUCAUGGCGUUCCUGCAGGUGACCAUGCAGGACUACCGCUCUGAGGUGAAGGAGCUCUUUGCAGCAGAUGAGCAGCUGGCUGCAGAAGUUGAGUACAACCUGAAGAUGUUUGAGAAACAAAAAGAGCAGAAGCUGGAGCAGCAGCUUAGCAGUUUCACAUUGUCACCCAGAACUAAAGGUAGCGCCGCUGUAUCUCCAGCCCCAGGCGUCAGAGCCACACCUCUGCCACUUCAGUCUGCCCAGAGACCCUCAAACACCCUGAAAUCUGCAGACACACUCAGACGGCGUACCUUUGCUGGAAUUCUGACCCCUGUGGGACAGAGACCUUCCCGCAGUGUAAUGUCUUCAGGACGUGCAAAAGGAGUGUUUGACGGGAGAGCUAUCAGCACGCCGCAGGAGAGCAUCAACGAAGUGACGUUCGGCGAGCAGCUAAGUGCCAUCUGCAUCGACGGCGCUGGCGGCAAGAGUAGUGAGAAUGUUCUACAUCUGAUAUCACCUGACCAUGAAGCUCCAGCACCAAGGCAGUGGAACGUAGAGUCUCCUGUUGUGAGGAAAACCCAACGCAGGAGACGGCAGUUAUGAACAUGCGUUUAUAUUAUAUGAUUGUGUGUUCCCAUAAUCUCUUCAGCUGUAUCUGUUUAUCAC